CCGGCCCGGAUGGCGGGCGGCGCGGGCUGGGCGGGCGCCCCCGCGGCUCUGCUGCGCUCCGUGCGCCGCCUGCGCGAGGUGUUCGAGGUGUGCGGCCGCGACCCCGACGGCUUCCUGCGCGUGGAGCGCGUCGCGGCGCUCGGACUGCGCUUCGGCCAGGGCGAGGAGGUGGAAAAACUGGUGAAGUAUUUGGACCCCAACGACCUGGGGAGAAUCAACUUCAAGGACUUCUGCCGAGGGGUGUUCGCCAUGAAAGGGUGUGAGGAGCUGCUGAAGGACGUGCUGUCCGUGGAAAGCGCCGGGACGCUGCCCUAUGCGCCGGAGAUCCCGGACUGCGUGGAGCAGGGCAGCGAGGUGCCAGACCCCACCUUUGCUGAUGGCGAGCUCCUCCCCAGGGAGCCUGGCUUCUUUCCCGAGGACGAGGACGAGGACGAGGCUAUGACGCUGGCCCCGCCCGAGGGUCCCCAGGAGUUGGACAUGGAGGGCCCCAUGGAGAGCACCCGGAGCCUGGACGGGUCGCUCGGGAUGCCCGCCGAGAAGGACGCAGGGCUCGGGAGCCUGUUCCUGCCAGAGGACAAGUCCCGGGUCCACACUCCACCCAUGACCACGUCGGACCUCUCCACGCACUCCACCACCUCGCUGGUCAGCAACGAGGAGCAGUUCGAAGACUACGGGGAGGCGGAUGACGUGGACUGUGCCCCGAGCAGCCCCUGCCCCGACGACGAGACCAGGACCAACGUCUACUCGGACCUGGGGUCGUCCGUGUCCUCCAGCGCGGGGCAGACGCCUAGGAAGGAGCGGCACGCGUACAACAGCGAGUUGCUGGAUGUUUAUUGCUCUCAGUGCUGCAAGAAGAUCAACCUGCUCAAUGACCUGGAAGCCCGGCUGAAAAACCUCAAGGCCAAUAGCCCCAACCGAAAGAUCUCUAGCACGGCCUUCGGACGGCAGCUCAUGCACAGCAGCAACUUCAGCAGCAGCAAUGGCAGCACCGAGGACCUGUUUCGGGACAGCAUCGACUCCUGCGACAACGACAUCACAGAGAAGGUGAGCUUCCUGGAAAAGAAGGUGACAGAGCUGGAAAAUGACAGCCUGACCAACGGGGACCUGAAGAGCAAGCUGAAGCAGGAGAACACGCAGCUGGUGCACAGGGUGCACGAGCUGGAGGAGAUGGUGAAGGACCAGGAGGCCACGGCCGAGCAGGCCCUGGAAGAGGAGGUGCGGCGCCACCGUGAGGCCUACGGCAGGCUGGAGCGGGAGCGGGGCACGGAGAUCGAGCUGCUCAACACCAGGGUGCAGCAGUUAGAGGAAGAAAAUGCCGAGCUCAGAACGACAGUGACUCGGCUUAAAUCACAGACAGAGAAGCUGGAUGAGGAGCGGCAGCGCAUGUCCGACCGGCUGGAGGACACCAGCCUGCGGCUCAAGGAUGAGAUGGACCUGUACAAGCGCAUGAUGGACAAGCUGCGGCAGAACCGCGUUGAGUUCCAGAAGGAGCGGGAGGCUACGCAGGAGCUCAUUGAGGACUUGCGGAAGGAGCUGGAGCACCUGCAGAUGUACAAGCUGGACUGCGAGCGGCCGGGCAGGGGCCGAGGCUUGUCUUCCGGCCUGGGCGAGUUCAGCGCCAGGGCCCGAGAGGUGGAGCUGGAGCACGAGGUGAAGCGGCUCAAGCAGGAGAAUCAUAAGCUACGGGAUCAGAACGACGACUUGAACGGGCAGAUCUUGAGCCUCAGCCUCUACGAAGCCAAGAACCUCUUUGCCACCCAGACCAAAGCCCAGUCUCUGGCUGCAGAGAUAGACACGGCCUCUCGCGACGAGGUAACGUGCUCACCCGCUCUCGCCUCGGAGCCCGGCCCCUCGUCUCUCAUGGAAGCCCUGAGGGAGCAGGAGGAGAUCAACUUCCGGCUGCGGCAGUACAUGGACAAGAUCAUCCUCGCCAUCCUGGACCACAACCCCUCCAUCCUGGAGAUCAAACACUGAGACAAGGGGGGCUGGCUGCAGAGCGGCCUCGGCACCCCCGGACCCCGGGAUUCAGGGCCAAGCCCCGCCUGAGGAUGCGGCCCAGGCCGGGCCUCACGUGCACACUGUAAAGUGACUCUGGCCACCGUGUGAUGUGUACUGGUGUGUGUCGGGGGAGGGGGGGGGAGAGCGUGGCUGCGCGGCUGUGGGCGCCCUCUGUGCCGUCGGCGCCGUCCCUGCGCUUCGCGGUCCCUCUGCGGGGGUGGGGUGGGGGGGCAGGGGGUCCUGGAGGGGGGCGGGGGCGAGGUCGGCCGUCAGGAGCCGCCCUAAGAACCAGAGCCGAAACUUGGGUGUCAGAUACUGGACGAAAUGAUUCUACCUCUGGGGCCAGGAUGAACAAGUCCUCGCGUGAGACGGGCUCUUCCACCCCAUCCCUGCGUCCCCCAGGGGCGUGGGAGCCGAAGGAUGAUCUUUUCCGGGAGGUCCAAUGCCUCACCAACCUCUUCAGCCCCCUUUCAAGCCCCAGUGCUGGAGCUCGGAGAGGAGGAAGGGGUGUUAGGAGGGGGUGGGUGGGGUCCUCUCGAGCCCCCCUUCCCCCAGCCCGCAGCCCCCGUGAUGCUGGUGCCCCUUGUGUCUAAAGGACUUGGGCUUGCGGAGGCGCUGGAGGGGCGGGCGCCCUUCGUCCUGAGAGAUCUUGGCGUUUUUCGGGUUCUCCGUAGAUGUCCCCGUCCCUGCUUCGCUCCCUCUCCCUUUCUGUCUUUGCUUUGUUUUUUAAGGCAAUGAACAAAAUAAGCGGCAUUCCCGCGAGUGAAUAUCAAGGAGGAGAAGGAAGGAGGAGGGGCUGGGGGCUGAGGCUGGCUAAUGCCAGGGGAGGAGGGGUCCUUGGGCAACCAAAGACACGGUUUUCGGGCGGGAGCAUGCCCACGUCCCCCGUCAGCAUCCUUUGCCGUGGCUGCAUUUUGAGAGAGAAGCACGGAUGGACCCUCUGACAGCGCCUCACGAUUUGGGAAAGGGCCUCGCGUCCCUGUCCCUGGUGGUGGCCUUGGGUCUGGAUUUCCGGAAUCCAGCCUCUGGGUUUGGCACGGCUGCGUAGCAAGACCCCUGGGUUCCAGGCUUUAGCAACACACCUGUAUUUGGUUCUCAGCCAGGGGAGCAAAUGCGGUGCGGGGGGCGGGAGAAACGGGGAGCUUGCAGGGCAAUCUUGGUCCCAUCUUGGUGCCACGGGGUGGCCAUCACCCCCUGGAGCUUUGGUGUGGCCGUUUGUCCUAGAGGGCUGGGCGUAGAGAUGGUACUUUUCUCUGAGUUUUCCAGUUUGUCUCAGUUUUGUGUGGCUUGUGAUGCGUUUUCUGAAUCCACAUGCACAUAAACAUGUAUGGCUUUCA